UUACCAACCACCAAUAGACCUCAAAGAAGCAGCAGCAGCAGCAGCCAGUGACUGCUGUAGUUUUAAGCUAACGUUGUUUAUUAACGGGAGCUAAACUCUCCCGACGUGGAGCAGCACAUUCACCACUUCCAGACUGGCAUUUAGAUCUCACAGACCUCUGUCAGACAGCCACAGACCUCACAGAGCAGCACUGUUAGUGCCUCUUCCAACAACAGCUCGCACUAGCAGCAGCUAGCAGCAGAGGCGAUGGAGUGGCUGGGUAACGGAGCUGCACUUUACCAGGAUGAAGAGCCAAACAGAGAUCCAGCUUCAGCAGCUAAGAGCUUCAGUGCUGUUUAUCCACACCAGCAGUCACCAACACCGCACCUUUGUGAUUGUGCCAUGGCGUCGCUCUGCCAGAGCCAGCAGCGCUGCGUGAAGGCCUCCAUCGUCUCUAGCUGGAGGCUGGCCGAAGCCCAGGACCAGCUGUGCUCUUUGGGCGUCCACAGCUCCGAGUCCCUGGAGCAGGAACGAGCUCGAACUCUGGCCUGCCCCUCCGAACUCACGCACACAGAGGAGGAGUGGCGUCGCAAGGAGAGCAUGCUGGGAGGUCAGGGACCCAGCCGCAGUCCUGUGCUCGGAGCUGUAAGAAGUUGGGACGUUUUUGAUAAGAGUAUCAUCAAUGUCCAAAAUCAACCUGUAGAGAUGGAUCAGGACAAGUGCAAGACGUUCCUCCAAAAAUAUGACCAAGAGCUCAGACAUUUUGGUAUGUUGCGGAGAUGGGACGACAGUCAGCGGUUCCUCGCAGACAUGCCUCAGCUCAUCUGUGAGGAAACGGCCAACUACUUAAUUCUCUGGUGCAUGAGACUACAGCAAGAAGGGAAAGAAGCGCUGAUGGAGCAGGUGGCGCACCAAGCUGUGGUCAUGCAGUUCAUCCUGGAGAUGGCCUCGAACUCUCAGCAGGAUCCCCGAGGCUGCUUCAGACAGUUCUUCCACAAAGCCAAAGAAGGACAAGACGUCUACUUAGAAGUCUUCCACACAGAGCUCGAGGCCUUCAAACACAGAGUGAAAGAAUACGCAGUCAAGUCUAGAAUCGACACAUCCAACAAUGUUGAACAACACAAAACCGGCACAAACUUCAGACUCGACCCCAAAGAAGCCUUGGACUCUUUACCUCCGGUGGCAGAGUACCCCAUGAAGCGUUGUUUAGAGGCUGGACUGUGGACAAGCACAGGGAGGUGGACAAAGGACGACGCGACAGAAACAGACGAUAUACGCAUGAUGGAAACCUCCUAGGGAUUGUAGGAUCAGCCCCCCCUGCUUUUCCUCUCAUCUCCAUCGCCUCACCAUUUAUAGGAACAAGCCCUCUUUGUACAGCAGGACAGGCUGAGUAACACCAGUGCAGAGCAAGGAAUAAAAAGGAGACAUGAUCAGUCUUUUACGCUGCGGGAAAAUAAUGUUUUGCCGACGACAAACAUUUCUCAGUGUUACCGAUUGUUGUGCCAACGUGGUUGGCCUCUGGCGAGCUGGUUCCUGCGGUUGUCUCUUUGCCAGCUAAAUGCACGUGUUGUGCCAUAACCCUGGUUUUACAGAUCGCUGGUUCAUUUUAAUUUCUCCUGAAAAAAAGAGAAACAUUCUUACAUGGAAGCAAAACAAAACUGACAAAUUGAAAUCCAGACAACACAAAGAAUACUAAACCAAUAAAGUCUUUGGGCAGUUAGGUACCAAAUCCAACGCCUGAAGUAGGACUCAGAUCAGUGGACAUCUGAGGAGUAUUGCUUAUUAUAGCUGCUUAAAUUGAAUCAUGAGAAGCACGACUGACAGAUCAAUGGCUUUGUAUCCUGUGCGGUACAAGUUAACGGUGAACAUUUCAUAGACAACUAGACUAGAUACUAGGCUAAUACUGUGCUUGACAUAACAUGUCUUAAAGCAACAUUUGAAACUACCUGAUCGUGUGCCAGUAUACAGUAACUACUGUAAAAUAGAGCGAAGGUGGUUGUUCAGCAGGUGUAAUCUUGAAUAAUUUGAUAUCAAUCAUGAGGGAAAAAAGAAGUUACCUGAAGGCAAAGCUGUGGUGUUGUGAGAAAUAUUUUUACAGGAGAGUUUCAGACUUGUUGUCAUACCUUUUUAUAUUUGGUAAAGACAUACAUGGCCUCACAUUUUUCAUUAUUUUUUUGCUUUGGUUUGCUAGAAGCUAACCUGCUAGCUGUAUGCUAGAGCAGAUUUAUCUGUAUUUAAUGGCGUAAUGUCUGAAUCUGUACGAACACAGUUCCAGUUGUGGGUACUUUUGAUUUGCAUUUUCUGCAGCAUUUAACUUAUCAGGCUAGAACUGAGUUACAUAAAGGUUAAUUUAAAAGGUCUUGGGUCAGAUUCACCCCGCAGGGCCUCGGCUCUUACAGCUUUCAGAUUCACAACUGAGAUGCAUGUUUGGAGUUGUGCACAACCCACAGAUCUCUGUGUGUGUCUAAUCAUCAGGAGAGGAUAAAUAAUGCAAUAUGUGUGGGUGGCUAGUCAGUUAGUUAUCUAAAAUGAGUAGACAGCAGGGAUGCUUCAAGAUGGUAGCGUUUGGUGCUAAUGUUUUAACUCUUUCUUGGCUUUUGUCAAACAUUAUUGUGUUACCUGCUUGUUGCCAUUCCUCGUCGUGCCAGAAAGGCCAUCAAGAGCUGCCUCUCUCGUUGCUCGAAGAGUUGAUGAUUGGUUAUCUUUGAACAUGAAGGUCAGAGCAUGUUAUAGCUUCAGGAGUGGAACAGUUGAUGUAUGCGAGAGUGGUUUUAUCAUUAAGGUUUUUCUUUAAAAAUAGGUAUUCCUAGUGUUGUCUGGAGAGGCUUAAAAGAGCAAUUAAAGUGUGCAAGUAAUCCGACUACCUCCUUUACAUCUGACAUUAAUAUGCACCUUUGACCUUCAGUGUCUAACUGUGCAGACAAAACACAAAUUCUCACAAUACAUAAUGCGUACAAAAUCACUGGAAAAUCAAUUGAAUUCCCAGUCCACAUACAACAGAAGAUUACAGUAAUCGUUGUUGGCUCUAUUGUCCAACUCUGUGACAGAAAUAAUUCAGCCUUUCAAAACAAUAGUCAGUUGGUUGAAGCGGCUUAACAUAAGGCAAAGACGAAUAAUGAGCUAAAGACAACAGUGCAUGCUUUUUAGUAUGUGAGACAAUAUAACAACUCAGCAUUUAUUACAUGACAAAAACAUAAAGUCAGCUCAAUUUUACGAGGAUUUUUGAGACAAUGUUGAGUGUAAUUAUCCAUAUGUUACAUCUGGGUGUAAGAGGCAUGGUAAUGUAAGUUGUAAAAGGGCACUACGUUUGUCAGUUUAUUCACCUGAAUUUUGCAUUCACAUAAUCAAAGCCUCAAAUUUCAACUGACAACACAGGUGAUGGAAAUAAAAGGGUUUACUAGGCCUGCAUGGGCUUUGUCACCCGAUUCGACUGCUAUCAAGCCAUUGAAUAGGCAGUGUUGGUCGCUAUAAGCCUCAUAGAUAUGGGUGAGUAGGGCCCUACUAUGCUGUGAAAGUGAAAGCGAAAACUUAAAAGCAACAAGUUCUAACAUGUAACACUGCAUGAAACGUUACGUUUUGAACACAGAGAAAAAGGCUUCUUUAGGCAACCAAAACCACUUGGUUAAGUUUAGGGAAAACAUUGUGUUUUGCCUUAAAAUAACUAUAUUUCAAAAGUGAAACAAAGACAACCAGACGUUCUUGGUUUCACACAAGAUGCAAACCCCAGUCUCCUGGGUGAAAAUACUGUAUUUUGUGACCGAUCCAUCGCUCUCGACCUCCAAUGCAUAUGGAGUUUCACGCUGUAUAUACUACAGCGCUUUGGCUUUCGCUUUGGCUCCUGUCAUAAUUACUACGGUCACUAGAGGUCACUUGAGUCGUCUUUUAUUCCUUCUUUCGGUGAGCUACCAUGUGAAUCGAUGAUAAAACAUACUAGUGGGUGCAGUAGGGCCCUACUAGCCCACAUUUAUGAGGCUUAUAACCAGUUAUAAUGCACCAUUUAAUGACCUGAUAACAGGCUAAUCGGCUGGCUUUGUGUAUUUAUUUUGAACAGUUCACUGAUGGGCCAGAGUAAAAAUAGCUUACUUUUCUUGACCAGCUUGCCAUCUACAGUACCCAGCAUCUGAAACCGAAUCGCAACCGCCAGUUUCCUUACACAACUAAUGUGUGCAGACUGAAAUCAGUGGUGUGUCACUUAAAGUUCACGAUCCUGGAAGGAGGUGAAAAGCAGCAGUACGGAGGGGAGGGGGGAAAAAGGGCUGAGCGCUCCACAAAGAGACUUUUGCUGUAUGUUUGUAUGCAGAAAGGAACUCUGCAUCUGAAUGUGUUCUGCACUUUAUAUUUCUCUGCCGAGGUUGUUUGAAGCACUUGACUUUAUUAUUCUUCCUCAUACCGUAUUUUGGAUUUAGUCACUUUUUUGUUGUUUUCCCAGCGGGCUUUAGAUGAGUUUGUGUUUUUUAAUUGUGUGACAUUUUGUUUUCUUUUUUUGUAUUCUAUUGUUUGCUGACUUUUUUUUGUCAAAGUAUUCGAGGGAGCUUUUGCCAGAUUUAUCAGGCUUCCAAUUAACUGACCCGUUGAUGAUAAUCUUCUUUUAACAAGACAGCCAAAAUCAGUGUGAAAAUCUGCUGAGCGGCACAAUCGGUAAGAUUUUUACUGCGGACUGUGGAAUUAAAGAUGCCAUACAAUGCAUUAAAGUACAAUACAUGUGUUGUUGACUUAAAGCUACUGUGUGAUGCAUUGGUCUGCAGUGCACCUGUCAUUUCACUAUUCAUUAUUUCACAGAUUUGUUGUGAGCUCUGCACUGUGCUGGUGUAGAGCAGUGCACAUAAUAAGUAUCCUAGUAUACUGUAAACAUAAACAGAGGUAUUGUAAGCAGUGAAGCUAAAACUGUGUGCUGUAGCGGUCUUUAAUGUAUUUCUUUUUCUCUUGUUUUUUGUCCACAGUGACUUAUCAACUAUGCAAUACAAUUGUAUGGCUUAAGCUGUUAUGCUAAACCUGUGACCAAUGUCCAUGGUGUCUCAACGUCCUAAAUUAUUCAAAGAUUAUCAAAAUUGUGUGAGUGUAAGACUGAGAGACUUGGUAUAGGAAUUUCAGUCACUAAGCUAUGAAUAUUAAGGAAGAGUCUACACUUCUCACUCACAGUAGUCUACUGUAAGAUUUGGCUUCUCUUGCCGCUGUUAAUAACUCAAAUAUAAAACAAGUGCUAAAUG